GGCCGGCUCCGCGCCCCCUCCCCGGCCCCCGCCCGCCCGCCUGCCCGCCUGCCCGUCGCCCCCAUGGCGCCCCGGGCCCCCACUGCACGGGGCCACUAGGACCCUCGGCGUCCCCUUCCCUUCCUCGCCCUGCCCCCUCUCCCGCGGCGCAAACCCCGGUGUCCACGGCGCCCAGCUUUUGAGCUCGCGUCCCCAGGCCAUCGGGGGGGGAGGGGAAGAGAGGGGACCCCGGGACCCCUGCCCCCCCCAACCCGGCCGCCCAGUCCCCCGGGACCCGGAGAAAAUGUCUUCGCGGACGGCGCUGGCCCCGGGCAACGAUCGGAACUCGGACACGCAUGGCACCUUGGGCAGUGGCCGCUCCUCAGACAAGGGACCGUCCUGGUCCAGCCGCUCCCUGGGUGCCCGCUGCCGGAACUCCAUCGCCUCCUGUCCCGAGGAGCAGCCCCACGUGGGCAACUACCGCCUGCUGAGAACCAUCGGGAAGGGCAACUUUGCCAAAGUCAAGCUGGCCCGGCACAUCCUCACUGGCCGAGAGGUCGCCAUCAAGAUCAUUGACAAAACCCAGCUGAAUCCCAGCAGCCUGCAGAAACUGUUCCGCGAAGUCCGCAUCAUGAAGGGCCUAAACCAUCCCAACAUCGUGAAGCUCUUCGAGGUGAUCGAAACGGAGAAGACGCUAUACCUGGUGAUGGAAUACGCAAGUGCCGGAGAAGUAUUUGACUACCUCGUGUCCCACGGCCGCAUGAAGGAGAAGGAAGCUCGAGCCAAGUUCCGACAGAUAGUAUCGGCUGUGCACUACUGUCACCAGAAAAACAUUGUACACAGGGACCUGAAGGCUGAGAACCUCUUGCUGGAUGCCGAGGCCAAUAUCAAGAUCGCCGACUUUGGCUUCAGCAACGAGUUUACACUGGGCUCAAAGCUGGACACAUUCUGUGGGAGCCCCCCGUACGCCGCCCCAGAGCUGUUCCAGGGCAAGAAGUACGAUGGGCCGGAGGUGGACAUCUGGAGCCUCGGCGUUAUCUUGUACACCCUCGUCAGCGGCUCCCUGCCCUUCGAUGGGCACAACCUCAAGGAGCUGCGAGAGCGAGUCCUCAGAGGGAAGUACCGGGUCCCUUUCUACAUGUCAACAGACUGUGAGAGCAUCCUGCGGAGAUUUUUGGUGCUGAACCCAGCUAAACGCUGUACUCUUGAGCAAAUCAUGAAAGACAAAUGGAUCAACAUUGGCUAUGAGGGUGAGGAGUUGAAGCCAUACACGGAGCCCGAGGAGGACUUCGGGGACACCAAACGAAUCGAGGUGAUGGUGGGUAUGGGAUACACGCGGGAAGAAAUCAAAGAGGCCUUGACCAGCCAGAAGUACAACGAAGUGACCGCCACCUACCUCCUGCUGGGCAGGAAGACUGAGGAGGGUGGGGACCGGGGCACCCCGGGGCUGGCCCUGGCACGGGUGCGGGCGCCCAGCGACACCACCAAUGGAACGAGCUCCAGCAAAGGCACCAGCCACAGCAAAGGACAACGGAGUGCCUCCUCCACCUACCACCGCCAGCGCAGGCAUAGCGACUUCUGUGGCCCAUCCCCCGCACCCCUGCACCCCAAACGCAGCCCAACCAGCACCGGGGAGACGGAGCUGAAGGAGGAGCGCCUGCCAGGCCGGAAGGCGAGCUGCAGUGCUGCUGGAAGCGGGAGCCGGGGGCUGCCUCCCUCCAGCCCCAUGGUCAGCAGCGCCCACAACCCCAACAAGGCAGAGAUCCCAGAGCGGCGGAAGGACAGCACGAGCACCCCUAACAACCUCCCUCCCAGCAUGAUGACCCGCAGAAACACCUACGUUUGCACAGAACGCCCUGGGGCUGAGCGCCCAUCCCUGUUGCCAAAUGGCAAAGAGAACAGCUCGGGUACCCCACGGGUGCCCCCCGCCUCUCCCUCUAGUCACAGCCUGGCUCCCCCAUCAGGGGAGCGGAGCCGCCUGGCACGUGGUUCCACCAUCCGUAGCACCUUCCACGGUGGUCAGGUCCGGGACCGGAGGGCAGGGGGAGGGGGAGGCGGGGGUGUGCAGAACGGACCCCCUGCCUCUCCUACCCUGGCCCACGAGGCCACACCCCUGCCUACUGGGCGGCCCCGCCCUACCACCAACCUCUUCACCAAGCUGACCUCCAAACUGACCCGAAGGGUCACAGACGAACCUGAGAGAAUCGGGGGACCUGAGGUCACAAGUUGCCAUCUACCUUGGGAUCAAACGGAAACCGCCCCCCGGCUACUCCGAUUCCCCUGGAGUGUGAAGCUGACCAGCUCACGCCCGCCUGAGGCCCUGAUGGCAGCUCUGCGCCAGGCCACCGCGGCCGCCCGCUGCCGCUGCCGCCAGCCACAGCCGUUCCUGCUGGCCUGCCUGCACGGGGGUGCGGGCGGGCCCGAGCCCCUGUCCCACUUCGAAGUGGAGGUCUGCCAGCUGCCCCGGCCCGGCCUGCGGGGAGUUCUCUUCCGCCGCGUGGCGGGCACCGCCCUGGCCUUCCGCACCCUCGUCACCCGCAUCUCCAACGACCUCGAGCUCUGAGCCGCCACGGCCCGGGUCCCCUCCUCAUCUUCUCCCUCGUCCCCUUCACCUCCACAGCACGGAGAGGGGUCAGGGAGGGGCAUCUCCCUCUGUCAUCACCUUGUUCCCGCGAAUUCGACGUGGGGACAGAGACUGUCCCUCAUGCUGUUCUCCCGGGGCCACUGGGCAUGAGAGAAGAGUGAGGGGGCUGAGUGAGGGUAGCUGGCCCCUUCCUGGAGCCUCCAGCCGGCCCUGUCCGCCCUCACCGUGCCAGGGGGGCACCCCAGGAGACUUUGGGAGCAGGGCAGGGGGAGAAAGGGAAACUGAGGAAACUCUUCCAUCCCUGCCCCACCCCCACCCCAGAGCUCAAGAAUUAGGCCUUGGGCGAGGGCAGGAAGAGUUGCUGAGCCUAAAGACUGGAGAAUGGGGGCUGGGAGUGGGAGUCAGAGAGGCAGAUCCCUUCCCCUCCCCUCCCCUCAUGCUCCAACCCCACCCCCUCCUUCCCGCCCCAGGCUGGCGCGGGGCACUUUGUACAAAUCCUUGUAAAUACCCCCACACCCUCCCCUCUGCAGAGAUCUCUCGAGGAGCUGCCGCUGUCACCUCCGGUUUUUAAGUUAUUACACCCCCCCUCCUCUUGUCAGCCCCCUCACCUGCAGCCUGUCGCCCAAUAAAUUUAGGAGAGUCCCCCUCCCCCACGCUGACCCCGGGCUUUUCCUUCCCUGCCCUCACCUGCGAGUCAGAGGAGGAGGAGAUGGUGUGUGACUUUUGGGCCAGUGGUUCCUCCUUUCUGAGCCUCGGUUUUCUCAGCUGCAGAAUGGGUGUAGUGGGGGUGUGAGGGUCAAGGAUGACGGCGGCGGAGGGCAGGACAGAACUCGGCCUCAUCCAGGAGGCCCCAGUUCCUAUAUCGGUGCCCCAUUCAUCCACUCACGUGCCCACCCACAUGUUAUACCAGACUCUAAGCCACUUCUUACUCCAGUAGUACAUUUAUUCAAUAAACAGUCAUUGACCUGUGCCUACUCUGUGCCAGGCCCAGUGCUGGACACGGAGACACAUGGA